GACUGAAGUUGCCUGGUGCCAGCAGCGAAAAGUGAACAACGUGUUGGCAGAAACGUUGCGCUCACCAGCACAAAGCCUAAGGAAUCAAAUGUCGAAGCUGCCUCUUUCUGAUGUGCAUGGCCUUGUCAGCUGUGCAGCAGAUCGGGUCCGCAUCUUUGCGUAUAUCAGCGUGCGUAUGGUGAGGUUGUUUGUGGAGGCGGCAAGGACGGGGCGAGAUUAAUCAGGCAGUCGUUGAGACUUGAAAGCGCGUUUCCUUUCUCGAUGUCAUCUAAGCAGAGCGUUUCUUGCCAGUUCUAGGCGAUGCCCAAUCAGACCUGCAAUGCUAGUUCCGGACAUUUCUCGCCAGACAUCAUCGAGUAGCUUUUAAAUUAGGGUUUUGACAGUCCGCUCAGGCUGUCCUCUGUGGGAGUGGCUAAGUUUUUGAAGGUGACCCCCUGAGGCUUAUCUCAACACGUGAAUCAGAGGCGCCAUUUUCACCACUUGGAAGUAAUACUACGUGUCAGGUGAAGUCGUCCAAGUCUUGAACAUUGAAGUAGGUCAAAGGCCCUUCCGUUGUUGUGUUGGAUAUAAGCAGACAAAUUUUUGAGUACAAGCAGAUGGCGACCCGUCCAGAGCAGUUGGCGCCGCCCGAAGUCUUUUACAAUGAUACUGAGGCCAGGAAGUACACCACCAGCAGUCGAAUGGUGGAGAUACAGGCGAACCUGACAGAACGAGCUUUGGAACUGUUGAACCUGCCAGAAGAUGGUGAGCCCAAGCUGCUGCUCGAUCUGGGAUGCGGUUCGGGCUUGAGUGGGGAGUCGCUCACAGAGUGUGGGCAUCACUGGUUGGGAAUGGAUAUCAGCGAAGCCAUGUUAGACGUGGCUUGCGAGCGGGAGGUCGAGGGUGACGUCAUGCUGUCGGACAUCGGACAGGGCCUGCCCCUGCGGACGGGUGUCUUCGACGGGGCCAUCAGUAUCAGUGCGAUCCAGUGGCUCUGCAACGCCGACAAGACGGCGAACGAUCCGCGGCAGCGCUUGAAGGCGUUCUUCCAGACGCUCUAUCGGAGUCUAGCGCGGGGGGCAAGGGCAGUCCUGCAGUUUUAUCCCGACGGUCCAAAGCAGGUCGAAAUGAUUUCGAGCGCCGCAAUGAGGGUCGGCUUCUCUGGAGGGCUGGUCGUGGACUUUCCGCACAGUACGCGUGCGAAGAAGUACUUCUUGGUGCUCAUGGCUGGGCCCCCGUCUGUAAAUAGCACGCUGCCGAAGGCGAAGGGCGUCGACGGCGGGAGCGAGAGCAACGAGGAUGACGUCAGCGAGGACGACGAGGGCGCGACGGUCGAGUUUGCGGACCGGCAACGACAUGCAAAGCGGCGGAGGAAGGACGGGAAGCGGGGGAAGGGCCGUUCUUGGAUCCUAAACAAGAAGCGACAGCAGAGAGAGAAGGGCGUCGAGGUCCCGGCAGAUACCAAGUACACGGGCAGAAAAAGAAAAGCUCGCUUUUAGUCACCCUUCAAGGCGCCUUAUUGACGCACUCCAGGUUUUGUACAGUUGUACUAGCUGCCUGCAGGUCAUGACCUUUUGUGAGUCUAGUUCUAGGUGUAGGUGCGUGAGUCGUGACCUGCGGACUGCCCACCUUCGAAUAUCUGCUCGACCGAGUGUGUACGAAGUUUUAUACAGGGCGGUACGUAUGUGUAUGCAACCGUUCGCCAAUUUAUUGCAUGAUUGCGGAGG